CAACUUUUCUGGCAACUUCAAUAAAUCCGGUAACUGGAGGUAAAAAAUAGAUUGUGAGGGCUGGGUCUGGUCCGGAUGAAACGCUAGGCUCCUUCCCAAUUCCUGAGUCUGGCUCGGAAAGAGCGCCACUGGCAUCUUGCCACGCGAGUGCCCCUAGACAGCCACACGCCCACUGGAACAGCACGUGAACAAAGCUUUUGCCCGGAGAGCCACCGCCUGCGGUUUCUCAGUGCAAUCUAGCUUCUAUCCGGAGUGUAGGGUGAAUACAGGGUUAAGCUAGUUCCCUCCUCGGCAGGAGGGAAAGGAGGGGGUGGGGAAACGAAGCGCAGGGUACCGUGCAGUUAGCUGUACAGUUGAAAGCGGUAGCCAUCACUUGUGAGUUUGGCGUCAUCCAUUGUCACAACCUAGGAAUGUGCGCUGGGAGAUAACACCAAGUGCAGGGCCUCUCAAACACGCAGAGCUCGCUCUGCUUCCAGGUGCGCUCCUUUCUGGUCCUCCGUCUCGAGUUUCCAGCAGCUGGAGACAGCACGUCUGAAACCGUCACGGCGUCCACGGAGCCUCAGGACCAGGGUGGAAGUUCUCAACGAUGGGCAGGAGGGACCUCGGCGGCGACCCCUAAAACAAUACCAUGCCCGGGGAGUCCCUCUGCUGCCGCUGUGCCAGUUUCUUCCCUUUCCACCUCCCCGACCCAGUCGAAUUCGGAUGAGCUAAGGAGACAAGGCCACCAGACUGGCCCACAGAAACCUGGAACGGUCUUAGAAACCUGGGAAAUAUCUGCACAGCAGAAGCACAUCCCUGCCAGAUGGAAACUCUUACUUUGUGAGCCAACCCAGAUCCCUGAUAGAAAUCAGCACUGGGAGGAUUCUUUGAAAGCACGAUUUGAGGUUGCAGACUCUGUUUAACCAAGAAAUUCCUAGGCUGCUCUGCACUGGCCUGACUUUCUAUAGAAGAAGCAAGAUUUGUCUGACUGGCUGGCCUUCUGUCGACAGUACUUAACCACUUGACAUCACUCUUCUCUUGUGUGGGAAAUCCUUCCUGUUGUUUUGCCCAUGGAGGACGGCCGCAGGAGGGCGACAUAGGCAGAUGAGACUAAACACAUCAGGAGGAUAGUUUUACCAUCUGCCUUCAGGUCAUUUCCUCGAACAGAAGCUCUAGACUUUGACAGAAUCUGCUUCAGUCAUUUUGGUUUUGCUUCCUGUUUUUUUUUUAACUAUUAUUUGCCGUUGCCUUUGUUUUUAGUAUCCCUUCCUCCAUCCCUUUGUAUUUUAUUUCUGUCCUUCAGCAAUGGGCCUGCAGACUACCAAGUGGACCAGCCAUAGGGCUUUUUUUCUAAAACUUUGGCUUAUCAUUUCCCUGGGGCUCUCCUCACAAGUGUCAAAACUCCUGGCCUGCCCUAGUGUAUGCCGCUGUGACAGGAACUUUGUCUACUGUAAUGAGCGAAGCUUGACCUCAGUGCCUCUUGGGAUCCCGGAGGGCGUAACCGUACUCUACCUCCACAAUAACCAAAUUAAUAAUGCUGGAUUUCCUGCAGAGCUGCACAAUGUACAGUCAGUGCACACGGUCUACCUGUAUGGUAACCAACUGGAUGAAUUCCCCAUGAACCUUCCCAAGAACGUCAGAGUCCUCCACCUGCAGGAAAACAACAUCCAGACCAUCUCGCGUGCUGCGCUCGCUCAGCUCCUGAAGCUGGAGGAACUACACCUAGAUGACAACUCCAUAUCUACAGUGGGGGUGGAGGAUGGAGCUUUCCGAGAGGCGAUUAGCCUCAAACUGUUGUUCUUAUCGAAGAAUCACCUGAGCAGCGUGCCUGUUGGGCUUCCUGUAGACUUACAAGAGCUGAGAGUGGAUGAAAACCGAAUCGCAGUGAUAUCAGACAUGGCCUUUCAGAACCUCACAAGCUUGGAGCGUCUGAUUGUGGAUGGGAAUCUCCUGACCAACAAGGGCAUUGCUGAGGGCACCUUCAGCCAUCUCACCAAGCUCAAGGAAUUUUCCAUAGUCCGUAACUCGCUCUCCCACCCACCUCCUGACCUCCCAGGUACGCACCUGAUCAGGCUCUACCUGCAGGAUAACCAGAUAAACCACAUCCCAUUGUCAGCCUUCUCAAACCUCCGUAAGCUGGAACGGCUAGAUAUAUCCAACAAUCAGCUACGAAUGUUAACUCAAGGCGUCUUCGAUCAUCUCUCCAACCUGAAACAACUCACUGCUCGGAAUAACCCUUGGUUUUGUGACUGCAGUAUUAAAUGGGUCACCGAAUGGCUCAAAUAUAUCCCUUCUUCUCUUAACGUGCGUGGUUUCAUGUGCCAAGGUCCUGAGCAAGUGCGGGGAAUGGCUGUCAGGGAGCUGAAUAUGAAUCUUUUGUCUUGUCCCACCACCACCCCUGGACUGCCUGUCUUCACCCCAGCUCCAACUACAGUCUCUCCCACAACUCAGUCUCCUACUCCCUCUGUUCCAAGCCCCAGCAAAGGCUCUGUGCCUCUAGCUCCUACCCCCUCGAAACUCCCCACCAUCCCCGACUGGGAUGGCAGAGAAAGAGUGACCCCGCCUGUUUCUGAAAGGAUCCAGCUUUCCAUCCACUUUGUUAACGAUACUUCGAUUCAAGUCAGCUGGCUGUCUCUCUUUACUGUGAUGGCGUACAAACUGACGUGGGUGAAAAUGGGCCACAGUCUUGUAGGGGGAAUUGUUCAGGAACGGAUUGUCAGUGGUGAGAAGCAACACCUGAAUCUGGUUAACUUAGAGCCCAGAUCCACCUACCGGAUUUGCUUAGUGCCAUUGGAUGCGUUCAACUACCGCACGGUGGAGGAUACCAUCUGUUCCGAGGCCACUACCCAUGCCUCGUAUUUGAACAAUGGCAGUAACACUGCGUCUAGCCACGAGCAGACAACUUCCCACAGCAUGGGCUCCCCUUUUCUGCUGGCGGGCUUAAUCGGGGGUGCAGUGAUUUUUGUGCUCGUGGUUUUGCUCAGCGUGUUUUGCUGGCAUAUGCACAAAAAGGGGCGCUACACCUCCCAGAAGUGGAAAUACAACAGGGGCCGGCGGAAAGAUGACUAUUGUGAGGCGGGCACCAAAAAGGACAACUCCAUCCUGGAGAUGACGGAAACCAGCUUUCAGAUUGUCUCCUUAAAUAACGAUCAGCUCCUUAAAGGAGAUUUCAGACUGCAGCCCAUCUAUACCCCAAAUGGGGGCAUUAAUUACACAGACUGCCACAUCCCCAACAACAUGCGAUACUGCAACAGCAGUGUGCCGGAUCUGGAGCAUUGCCAUACGUAACAGCCGGAGGUCCAACGUCAGAAAAGUGGACAACCAAACUCUCAAGAACACACAUGAGUGUGCACAUAAAGACACGCAAAUUACAUUUGAUAAAUGUUACCCAGAUGCGUUUGUGCAUUUGAAUACUCUGUAAUUUAUACGGUGUACUAUAUAAUGGGAUUUAAAAAAAAGUGCUAUCUUUUCUAUUUCAAGUUAAUUACAAACAGUUUUGUAACUCUUUGCUUUUUAAAAUUAAAACAAAAAAAAAUGUUGCUGAAGUACUGUACUGGGUUGUACAAUGAGGACCCAAUGCCAAGGCAGAAGAAUGAGUGAUUCAUACUUAAGAUGCAUAUUAACCACUUUGCUGUUGAAGCUGUCAGAAUAAAUUCCUUCUCUAUAGCUUCUCUAUAGUCAUAGGAAAGGAUAGAUUCAGAUGGGCUCAUCAGGGUAAGAGGAAUAGUUUGAGUAAAGAAAGAAUGACCUAGUUAUUUCUGUUUUCUAUACCUCUUGGCCUGGAAGAAACACUGUUUGAAAAAUCCAUAAUAUAAUAAUAGAGGUAGUUAUUCCAAUUUGACCCAGUACAAGAAAUAGAACAUCAUGAGGAAUCCAGUUCCCAUGAGAUAAGUAAGGCCUACUUGACCAAAUCAAAGAAACUGAGAGGUUUGAAAUGUCCUUAAAACCCCAGGGUUGGCUUUCUGACUGUGAACUUCAAAAUCACUCUUCAUGCUUCCCUGGCCUUAUGUGAUAACAGAAUUGGAAACCUGAGUCUGAUUCCAGUCAUCUUCAGGGACCAAUAUGAUCAGUUCUAGCAAGAAAAUUCCCCUCAAAACUGUCACUAUUCAAAUAAGAUGUCAGGUGGAAGUAUAUCCAAUAGAGUUAUAUUCUAGAAUAAUUUUUUAGAAGAGGCUAAUAAAAAUAAUGGGAAGAAUUAUAUUGAAUGGAAUUAUUUUUGAUAAUGAAAAUUAUUUGGGUAGAUUCACUGAGGCUAUAUCAACAUGGUGUUUAGACCAACAAAGAACAGUAUUUGGACUAUAUUAACAGUGAUGUGUUUACUUAAAAAGUACUAAUACCACUUAGGAAAAAACAUCAGUGAUUCUUUUACACUGUAUCAGCUGACUUUGUUAGUAUCAUGUUGAAAUAGCUUGAGUUAAUACCUAUAUCCCCUCUCAAAUUCUUGUCUUCCAAUCAUCUUGCGUAUAUUUUUUGUAACUAAGUUGUAUAUUCCCCCUUUGUUUCCCCUCCACCACCUCUACUUAGUAUUUCAAAGAAAUUGUGGACGCGAAUCUUGGUUGCACAAAUGAUCCCUGUGUAUUUCUAUGUAUUAAAAUCCAUAUUAAUAUCAAUUGCCAAUGAUUCUCUGGAGACACCAAACUGGCCAAAAUAAUGCGUAUUGUUAAAAAGCAAUACUAUGUUUCCAUUAGGAAUUAGCUUUGAUCCUUUUCCACAUUCAGAAUUCCCACUUGUUCCUUUUCGGUUCUGGAUGUCCCUCUAAUUUGUUCAUCUGAGGGUGAUAAUUAACUUUAUGCUAAAAGAGCACCAGUGAAAACGAGUAAGUCAGAGAAUGCAUUAUUUCUCUCGUUCUGGCAGAAGGUAUAUGAAAGCGAGGGAUGUCCACUAUUGAUGCUAGAUAUUUUUGAAGCAAGUCCAUUUUCAGAAAACAUGAAUAAUUUACCCAAUUAUUGUCAUCCCUUAGGUGUAGAAGGGCUAUAGACCACAUACAUUGUUUAAAGAAAUUUACCCUUGGGGAAUUCUUUUCAAAGCCACCUUUAGGCAUUUCAUUCUGUAUUCCUUUACAACCAUCCAUCACUUUAGGGACUCAUGAAGUAAAUGUCACCCUCUUCUUGAUUUUUCUUUCUCUCUAAGCAAAAUAAAACUGUGAUGUGUCUUCUUGUAAAAUUUUAGGUAUAAAAUGCUAUGCAAGCUUUUCUUUAUAGCAAGAGCUUUAUUUUCUUUAAUAAUAUACCCUGACUUAUAUGUUUUAAUCUCCCUCAUUUCCUCAGAAUAAGCAGAAAAUAUAACUGCAGUGAUAAUGUUAUAGACACAAGCAUUGAGAUGUGCAGUCGGUAGAGCUGAACAUAGUUAUGAAUUAAUUUAAUUAAUUCUAAAGUGACUCGGGUUUCCUCUUUCAUCUAUUAGCUAGCGGGUUGGGGCUGUUGGUUCCUGUAAAAGUAGGUUCACACAGUGAAGGAAUAAGACCAUCUGGAAUGGUGAUCAGUGGAGCGUUACAUCACCUAAAAUCAGGACAGUGAUAUGGGGCUCCGUGUAUUAGCUGAGUGCUUUCCUUUCACUUUCCUCUUGCAUCUCACUGUAGGUAAAACUGUGUGCUGAAAAAUAUAAUGGUACUUUGAUUUUUGAAGAUUUUUAUUUUGUUAUAAACAAGAUAAUCAGUAUUGUCAGUUCGUACUGUAUGUUUAACUUCCAGUGGGAUUCAGGACUAUGGAAAUGUCUUUUCUUUGUCCCUGGAGAAAGAUGGCAUGGUUCCCACAAUGUUGAAUGGCAACCACAACACUAUAGGGAGUUGAAGUGGUACUGAAGAGACCCAGUCAUGUACAAUGGUUAAGUUGCUUGCAAAAUUGCUCUGGUAGAGGUGUUUAAAAAAAAAAAAAAGAUCUUCAUUUUGAUCUUAUGAACAGCAUAGCAAAGAUAUCUGCCAUGAAAAUCAGACUACCAUCUGUAGAAGUGUGCUUUAAGGACUCCUACAUCAGAGUGAAAAUCACAUCGUGUAAUCUGUACUAGCUUAUGACACUUUUACAAAAGCAGAUGAGCACCAGUCCUUACUGGAUGAUAUUUUGGCUGGCAUCAUUAGUCAGGAGACUGUCCUGCAGUUAUAUCUCCUCUGUGUGUGGUCCUCUCUUAGCCUCAUCAUUAUUUCUUUUGAGGUGAUUAGUUAAGAGUUAAAGUUGAGUUAUCUCAGAUAGUUUCACCCCCCCCCUGUCAGUACAAUAACUGUAACUACUAGAGGACAUUGCAAAAGAAAAAAGUAAAUCAAGGUCACACAGAUGUCAUCAGUGAUUAAACAGAAGGUAAUCACCAGUACCUCCUUGCUUACAGAGAUGCAUAUGACCCUGGAGCGACCCUGGGUUUCACUUAAACACAGUCACUUCCUUGGCUAGGCAGUACAACACUUGUGACAAUCACAGACAACAUGAGAAGGGUGUUACCUAUUUAUUUAUAAUAUAAGUGGAAUAAUCCUCCCUUUGUGAGAAAUAAUGCUAUUUCUAAUUUUCCAGAUGUUUGUUGAUACAAUAUUAGACAUUUUCUCUCAAGGGUAAAAUAGAAAAAAGUAACUGUAAUGUGAUCUUUUUGGAAAAAAAAAGAUGUAUUAACGGUGUAGCUGAUAUUACACCUCUGUUUUUUAAACAGUGGAGGUCAUAAUGGUCUUAGUCAUGCCACACAGCCAGAACUUCCUUCUUCCCUGGAGAAAGCGUAACUCUUCAUGUGAGGAGAGCAUCCAUUUCAAAUACAAGGCACCAUUGUUUUCUUCAGAGGCAGGUGCUACACUGGAUCAGCAAAUUUCAGCUGCAGCAUCCCUGCAGCUUUUGACAGUGAGGUGAUUAAUUUUCAUCAAUGUCUUUUUCUAGGGUUUAUCUCUGACCUAUCAAAAGGGGAUAUUAGAUGUUGCUUUAGAACUUGAGAAUAACACAUAAACUCAAAACUUGCUUCUCCAACUAAAUGGGAAAGCAAAAAGGAAGAGUGAACAACAGGGAAACAAUACACACACACACACACACACACACACAUACAAAAACAAAAACAACAAGUCUCAAUUCUUAAUAUUGUCAAACUUAGCUUCUUUUUUUAGUUAAGAUAAAUAAUGGUAGGAAGCUGUAUCUACACCCUUCUCCAGUUUUUUCAGCAGGAUUGAAGCAAUUGUUGGCAACUGCAAUGCUUUUCACUGAUUGUGGAGAAUACAUUUUGUACACAGUAUGAUGCUGUUUUAGCAAACCAGGUUGUUUUGUUACAGUAUUUCAUUUUAUAGCUGCACAUCCACCAGAAGAGCACAAACCAAGGCCAUUGCGACAGGCAUUUUAAAAUUAACAUAAAACAUGCAAUUCCAUGCAUACAUAAUACAUGGGCUGUUUGUAAAGGUGUCUGUGGAAUGUGAGAUUUGUAGCCAGCUCCAAAAAAAUGAGGCAUCACUAUUGUAUGCCCUCAUAGGAUAAUAUUUACUGAAUGUUAAGUUUGAUGAUCUGUUACUAUUUGAAGCAUAUGUUGAUUUGAUUUUGGUUUGUGUUUAGUGUGUUUCUCUGACAAGGGACUUCAAGGGGCUGGAAGAUUCCAUGUCAUGCAUCCUCUGAGACCUACCAUGUUGCACACUUUGUUAACUACCAACUUCACUCUACACUAUACAGUACCUUGUUGAUAUAUUCAGUAAAGGCUUAUUUUAAAAGAAAACCCAUUGUGUUUAUCUGAGUAAAUUGACCGGAAUGUAACCAGUACUUCUGCUGUAAUGUAAAUGAGAAACAUGAGAAAUUCUUCAUAGACAACAAAGAAGGCAGAAAUGAAGCAGACUGUAAAGUGUUCGUACCCUGUACUGUACGUAAAAGCAACAUCUAUUUUUAAAGACAGUGAUCUCUCUGUGUAAAAGGAUAAUGUGGUGGUUCCUCCCCUUUUCCCCACUGAAAUAAUUUCAGAAGAUAGAUUUAUGUACACACCACAGUAGAAAGCACAGCCUUCUCUGUUUGAGAAAUACAAACAGAUAUGUAUAAUAUGUACACAAUUACACAAGUCUUUUUUCCACAAUAUACACUAUUGAUUUUGAUUGUUAACUUUGAGAAUUCGUGUCCCCCUUCUUUUUUUAAAGAAUUGCUCACUGUUCUUCUGUACUUUCCGACGGAUACUCCAGGUAGUUCAUCUACCCAUGUAACUCAGAUUUGAUUCUAGAUUAGUCCCAAAUGAUUUUACAGAACCCCCUUCUCUAAAUGACCAUUUCACCACUGAUGAAUUUGGCAUGUGUAGUGUGGAGCUGCAGUCUGCAUUCCUGCCACCCGGCUCGCGGCCGCCUGGCUAGCUGAUGCCCCGAAAUAAUUACAUGGAAACUGUAUUCCUUUAAACACUGUUUGGCCCAUUAGUUCUAGCCUCUUAAUGGAUAAUUCUCACAUCUUGCCUAACCCAUAUUUAGUGAUCUGUGUAGCACCAGUCUUACCGGGAAAGAUUCAACAUGUGUGACCUGGCUGCUUGCUUGCCCUGGAGAGGAGUGGCAUGGCAUCUGCCUAACUUCCCUUCUUCCCAGCAUUCUGUUCUGUUUACUCCACCCACCUAUGUUCUAACCUAUCAGGCCAAGCAGUUUCUUUAUUAAUUAACCAAUGAAACCAAUAGAUUGAUAUAUGACACUCCCACAUCAGGCAUGGGCUUAAUGAAUCAGAAAUAAAGUGAUGACUUUUCAGUUAACUAGCAUUAUUAGUUGUAGGAUUUCAACUGGGUGAUGAACUAUGAAAGAUGGAGUUAGCAGGUGAGUCAUAUUACAUUGAGAAGUCUUUACAUACAAUACUAAUUGCUACUUGUUUAUUUUUGACAAGUUAUAGAGGUUACUGUAACUAUGCUCUCAGCCAACAAGAACCAUUCAUUUAGUAAAAUUUAUUAAGAUCUUCACUGUCUGGCCUCUAGAGUGACAUCAGAGAUUUUAGAGGAGGACAAUGAAAUCUUAGAAAAACCACCUCUAUUUUCUAGUCUACUGGAAAUUGUGUACCCAAAAUAUUUACUCCUAAGCUACUUUUUAUGCGGCUAUGCUACAUUCUCCUCUGUUACUUUCAGAGAAAAAUGAACUUGCUAUUUAAAAUCUCAAAGAUCACUUCCCAAUACUUUUUAAAAGACAUUCUGAUGUUCUCUACAUCAUUUCCCGAUAGUAACAGUAUACCCCCAGUAAUAAAAUAGGUAAAUCUACCAGCGAGGAAGUAAGAUGAUGCAUUUUUCAUUAAGUAUCAUAAACUGUCACAAAGUGGCAGCAUAUUGACAAGUAGGGGCUUGGAUGGAGUUAGGGUUUCAAAUUCACAGCAAGAAAUUGAAGUUGUAUUUGCAGAUUACACAUGCAACCUAUGAAAGUUCUAUUAAGAACCAGAAAAUGAAUCAUUCAAAUGCAAUAAACGUACCUGAGAAUUGAAAACACAUGGAGAUAAAUGUGCUCUUGCUUCCUCCCUCCUUCCUUCCCUCCUUCCCUUCUUCCUUAACUCCCUCCCUUCAUCCUCCCUUCCUUCAUCUCGACUUUUCCAGAUUUUACAGCUGAACUUCAAGAGAAUCUCAGUGUUUGGUCCAUAACCCUGAGUGUUGCAGAUGGAGGCAGAAUUUAGCUUCUCGCAGGACUGCAUAGAAUCUUCAGUAAAUUGACUAGCCUGAAGGCUGACGUGCAGGAUAAAAUAUUAUUCAAUCUUUAAAAUGUUUUGAUGACAGUUAUUGCUGACUUUCAGUGGACACCAAUACUAAUUCCUGUGUACAGAUGUGCAUAUUAGUAUUUUCCAGGGAAAGAUGGUUCUUAUUAUUUCAGUGAUUUAUAAUUCUCUCUAUUGGGAUAAUGUUUCCUUAAUGAUAUAUAACACAGCCUUGGAUUCUCUUGAACUCCUUGGAUUGGCUUUAUCAGCCAUUAUUGUUUCAUUUUUAUUACCAUCCAUUGAAUAUUUGCUGAAAGUUUGGGUGCUGAAUAGUACAAUAUUCCAGGAGAAUUUAUAUGAUGCAUCAAACUCUCUCCCAGAAAGAAAGUACUUGACACAUGGCCCAGAUUCCUCAUGUUUCUACAUCCUUCAAGGAUUCUCAUAUUUAUGUUUAAUUCACGAUUCAUGGAUGCAGCUUAUUCCAGCAUUUGCAGGAGCUCUUUAGAUUUAUUUUCCUCCUUUCUGUCCUCUGGCUGUCUUCUGUCUUUCCUAUGCACUGCAGAGAAACACUGUGUGUACAAUGCUUAAAUGUGAUGUGGUCUUUCUUUGAAAAUCUAUUGCGGUCACUCGUGAAGUAGAGGUUAGAAAACAAUUAUUUGAAAUACGAUCUCUCUUUUCAACAUUUAUCCUGGGGAUAUAACUCAGUUUGCCAGGCAUGGCUGUAAAUGCUUUUGCAUAUUAAGUCAACUUUUUAGCUAUUGUCACCUUAAAUUUUCAUAGAGUUGUUUCAUUCUUAUGCUCCUGGAAACAUUGAACAUGUUCUAUCAGUUCCUACAUUCUGUCCACUGCUGAGUGAAAUUCUAGGUCCCUGAUAUGUAUCAGAAGUCUUAAAUCAGUAAUGCCUUCUACAAAUAGAGGCUUGAAACAUGCGGGGUAGCCUUGCUCAUAUAACUGAAAAUUUGCUUUAUAUGUAGAAGAAAAAUGACCACCCUCCCUCAAAAAAAUUGAGUACCUAAUAAUAUAUAUUUGAUAGGAAAAACUGUGGCCAUGUAUUUGAUUUGAAAUUUUUCUAUAGAAUCAUGUUAUGCCCCAAGGGUGAGCUGAGUGAUCAAGUUAACAAACUGAAGAACUUCCUUUUAAGCUACAGGCAAAUUUAAAACUCUGAAGUAGUUUCUGGGAAUAAAGGCCUAUAAAAGAAUAUCUUUUAAAAUUAUCUUGCAAUUCAAUGACACAGACAUGAAAAGUCCACAGAGCACCAGUCCACAUUAAAUCAAACAUUCUGACAGUUUUGGGUGUUUAAAUCAGUUUUCCACAUUUGAAAAGCAUAGGUAGAUGUUACUUUCAUAUUCAGCAGUAAAAUCACAGCAGACCAUUGUUUGUUAUUCAUUGUCACAGCCCAGACAAAAAACACAGAAAUAUCACUAAUAGAGUUACAUUGUAUUGUCUCGUUUCCAUCUAUGGGGAAUAUAUAAUCCUUCCUAGAAGUAAUUUCUCCCUGUGAAAAGGUACAGUCAGUGAUAAUUAAAAGGUCAGACUUGAAAUCAAUUUCUGAUUAAUUUGAGAAAGUUGACCAUACUACUAGCUAGCCAACUCACCUGACCAAUAACUUGCAUUUGAAGUUAUUUAUUUCCAUUUGUGUUAGUGUGGAUAAUGAUAUUUCAUACAAGUGCCAACAUACAAAGCAUCUGGCAUAGUAUUUGCUUCUGAGGAAACACCAAAUGAAUGACACUUAGCCCUAUAUUUUGUGUUUUUUUGUUUGUUUUUCAAUACAAGAUGACCUAUAGCCAUUUUUCUAUGAUGAAAAAUAAAUGUUAGAAUAAUUAAAAGAAUUCUUCAUAGAUCUAAUCUCCUUUAAAGUAGCUGCUUUCCAAAUAAAAUUUAGUUGUGUAUAACUAUCAGCAUCACAAUUAGACAGUUUUCCAUUGUUCUAUUAUCUUUUAUCAUUGUACUUGUUUUGAAAGAACUGACCGGACUCAGAAUAACACACAGAAAUAACAGGCUCUUCCUUUCUUUGUGAGGAAGACCACUGAACAACUGUUGAGUGCAGUGAGAACACACUGCUUUGUAAAUAUAGCCCAUUCCGUCCAUCAUGCAGAAUGUGAAUAAGUGUGGUCAUUUUGGAAAGUCAGUUCAGCAUAUGUAGACAACAUGCAUCCCUGAAUGGGGGCACUCAGAAGGCGCUAGAAAACCAUAAAUAACAAAUAUGACAUGUUUUAAAAUGCAUGUCUUAAAAUCUGUAAGUUGGGUUUUUGUUUUUUAUUUGCCAUGCUUAGGAUGAAACCUAAGGUCUUCAGUUAAGCUGUACUCUGAUAUGACCUGAUGGUAAUUUAUGCUACCAUGCUGGCACCAUAACAUGUAAAUCUACCCUUGUAUGGCAAUGACCAGCAAGGUAGCAACCCAAAGAGAGUAUUUUUAAGGUUGUGCAAGUGCUAUUUUUACCAUUUGCCAGUUACUCUUGGCAAUCACUGAGAUUCUUAGUUUCCCAUUCUGGUAGAAAUUCACAGCUAUACAAUCCCUUCUGCUUUAAUAUAGCUUUUAAAAUAUUUUAGUCUUUCAUUUGUAUGUUGCUUUUGUCUUGGAUGCAUAUCUGUGCACCAUGUACAUGCCUUGUGCCCAUUGACCAGAAGAGGCAUUUGGAUUUCCUGAGAUAGUAGGUCAGUUGUGAGCUGCCAUGU